AAUAGUAGAUCCUCUCUCUCCACGUCAACUACCUCACUUGGUUACUGGCCUCCCACCACAAUACACUUGCAGUCUCCUACAGUCUACAAAACCCUGGCAUCAGGGAUCUGGUGAUCGUCCACACACUUUGGAUCCCGACUGCAGUGAAGAAGAGCUGAGCAAGGAAAGACUGGAUGUUUCUCUUCAAUCAAAGCAGACCGGAAGAAGCUAAAGAUGUCAGCCAUAUUUUACGUUAUUUUCAUGAUUAUCUUGGUAAAGUGCGACACUACCGUCGUAACAAACGGUCGCACGGAGAGCGUUACACCUUGGUCUAGUAGGCUAGGUGAGGACAGUGAGGGUUUAGAACCAGGAACAUCAGAAUCACUUGCUCCAUCUGCAUCUCAGGGAUCACGAUCAAAUGUCAAAGUCUUUGCUCGUUUCUGGGAAAAUGAGCCAAAGGAAACACGUGUCUCAUCAACUUCUGAUCAAGCAACUGAUAUCAGUUUAAAUGCAAGCAGCACAACUGCAGAUGAAGAUGAAAAGGAACAACUGCAACUGAUUAGAAGACGACGUGAUAUGAAUGAGUCCAGUUCUUUCCAGGUGACUCGCCUUGCCAUCGCCAUGAAAGCAAUCGAGUUAGAAAACACUCAGCUAAAAUCCACUGUCAAGGAGCUUCAGAGUGCAACUAAGAACUUUGCAACAAAGGAGCAAGAGUCUGACUUCGCCUUCUCGCAGGUUAACGCAGCACUUCAGCAACAGCAGCUGGCGAUAGGACAGUUACAGCUGCAGGUGUCGCAGCUGUCCACGAACAUGAUGAAACUGCAGGACGAGAACGAAGCUCUUCGCGCAAAGACGUGCUUGAGAAUGGAAGACACCGACUCUUCCCAAGAGCGGAUGAUGAAGAUUUUCAAACCUAACGACCAAGUUACAAGAAGAAAACAUGUCUAUUUAUUUACAGCUGUUGAACGUUUCAUCUCUGAUAUCUGAAUUACAAGCAGCAAACAGUUCUAUUUAUUCACAGCUGUUAAAUGUUUCAGACUUAACCUCAGGGUUACAAGCUGAAACCAGCUCCAUUUACUCGCAGCUGCUGAGAGUGUCAGACCUAACAACAGGGCUACAAGCAGAAAAUGGUUCUAUUUAUUCACAGCUGCUGAAUGUUGUUGAUCUGAUGGCGGGGCUACAGUCAGACAACAGCUCCAUCUACUCACAGCUGCAGGCUUUGUCCGCUGACGUCAUCCAGCGUGGGGCGCAGUACGAGGAGCAGCACACGGCCUUGCAAGAAAAAGUCCGGAUGCUUCAAACACAGACGACUAACCUGGACUCCAACCUGUCCAAGCGCAGCUCCGCACUCGAAGAACGGCUAACGUCUCAGGUGAACCAACUUCAACAGAAAGACCAGGAACUGGUGCAGAUGGUCAUAAGACGCACUUCAGAAGAUUUGAUUGGAUUUCAUGCAAGGUUAAGCCAAAACGUGGCAGGUGCGACCACCGAAACCCUUAAACUCGACGUUGUGCAUUUCAAUGGAGGGGGAGGUUAUGACUCGACCACGGGUAUCUUCACUGCCCCGGUCACUGGCCUCUAUCUUUUCAUGGCCACCAUAGGUGGCGUCGGUACUAGCACUGCUGCAAGGAUUUACAUUGAAGUCAACGGGAAUCCACUGACCGGCUGCUACUCGGGAUUAGAAAACGAUUUAGAGCUUGCCACUUGCCACGGUGCAAACAGGGUCUUGAAGGGUCAGCGGAUAAGGAUCGUUAAGGAAGGUUCAAGUACUCGCCAGAUCUGGGGAGGCAACUGGACGACGUUCACCGUGGUGCUGAUCCGGAGAGAACCUGAACGGACAAACAACCAGCGAGGAGUCAAAGAACUGGGUCUCGUGGUCAGAUUACAUAAAAGUGUUUUGUUGUUGUGACUAUAGUGUGGGCUGUCACAUCACUAACGGCAGAAAACAAUUCAUUUUUUAUGUUUGUGCCUACCAAUCCACUCAUCAUCUUGGUGACCGAACGUUUGCUUGACCACUGUAGACUGUCUUUGCUAAAGUUCCUGAAAUUAAUUGAUUACUACGUGCACAUGUAAACAUAUUUACAAAUUUGUGUAUGACAAAUGUAACACAUCUGUAACUUGUCUGCAUCUUGACAUUUGACUCCAGUGCAACUCGUAUUGUUGUAUUACUGUGUAUCUUUAUUGCAGCACUGCUAAUAUUUGCUGAAGUACAGUUCAUCUUUACUGUAGGCUUUGUAAUGAGUAAUGUGUAAUAUAAUGACAGUUGUGUCCUUUCGCCAAAUAUGUGGGAGCGGCCCGGUGGCGCAACGGUUAGCGCCUGUCACCAAUACAGUGAAGGUUGGCUGCCCAGAGUUCAUUUCUCGUCUCGGGCACGCUGUUCUUUCUCUGCAUGUGGCAUCUGUUUACAGGGCUGGCUGCUUGCCGUAAUAUAGCCUCAGUUGCUGACACGGCGUAAAACACCCCCUCGCCAAAUAUGUCUUCAGUUCGGCAUAAAACACCAAAGCCUCGACCUCACCCUUUUGUCACUGAAUCUACAUCGACUUGGGUGUCUUCUGUCAUCUGAUACAUUUUGUUGUUCCGGAUACUUGUUAUCGAGUGUAAUAUUGUAACCGAGUGGUGGUCCGUUUUUAAUAACCAACCUUUGUUCUUCAUAUUUCGCCAGGCUAGUUUUGUUUUUGUUUUUUUAUGUUUUUGUUUGUUUUUCUUGAUGAGAAUUCUUGUCCUUAUUUCUCAAUAGCUGCAAUUUGUUGAAAUUUUCGCUAAGUGAAUUUUCUCGACUGCUUCGAUAUAACUCAUACUUUCUCAUACAUUUGACGACAUUGCUCCUUUCAGUUAUUAUUAUUGUAUGAUGUUUGUUUUGUAAAGCACUUCCAGUCCGGAGAGGAAAGCGUAACUGAUAUCAACGUCGUCGUCGUCGUCGUCGUCGUCGUCGUCGUUGUUGUUGUUGUUGUUGUUGUUAUUAUUAUUAUUAUUAUUAUUAUUAUUAUUAUUAUUAUUAUUAUUAUUAUUAUUAUUAUCUUCUUUUGGAGAAGUCAUCUUUAUUUUAGUACUGCUUAUCUUUAUUGUAUUACUGUCUUUUCAGUAUCUUUACUGUAUCACCUUUCAUUUUUACUGUAGUAUAUCUAAUGUUUACUUCACGACUGCAAUGUUAAUAAAAGUGCUGUGCAAUUU